AUGGCGGUCAAUUUUGAACUAUCUUCUCUUGGUACAGAAGGACAUCUUCUAAAAGAUACUGAAAACGAAGAAGAUGGGAGAGGAACUAAAGAGCAGGAACCUAUUAAACACAAACCACCUCCAUUUUUAGAUAGAAAAGAUAGCCGACACGUUUUAACACCUAGGAAAGGAGAGUCUCUAACAAACACACCAAGAAGUACUCCAGCAUCCUAUAAAAAGAGAGCCAGUGCAUCAGUAAUAAGGAGAAAUAGCUCGAACACUAGUUUUAUGUCAACUGGGACUUCAGGUGAUUCUGUCACUGAUGAGCUACUGGAUAGAAGCUUUACUGACUGGCUGGAAAAGAAAGAGAAAGAAAGAAAGAGCCUUAGGCAAAGGAUAAAGGAAGAAAACAUUAGGAAAGAAGAAGAUAAAGCAUCAAAAGAGGCUUUAAUGAAUGAGAAAUCAGCUAAAGCCGUUGAAAAAUGGAGACUGGCAAAGGAGAUUGUUAUAAAAAAGCAGAAAAAAGAACAAGAAAUAAUUAAAAAGAAAGAAGAUGAAAAAAAACAAGAUGUAAUUGAGAAGGAACAGAACUCUUCUGAAAUAGCCGAGAAAUGGCGACAAGACAAACUAAGUGUUCUGCAAGAGAAAAGGAGAAAAGAGAAACAAAAGUUGCUUGAAGCUGAGAGAGAGAAACAAGCAGAGGCAAGAGAACUUUUGGAAUCAGCAGCAGAAGCCUUUAAAUCAUGGAAACAUGGUAAAGACAAAAUAUUGAGAGACUCUGUAAUAAAGAAAAGUAAAGAGUCCAAAGAGCAGGCCCAAAAAACAAUCCUCCAAAUCCAAGAGAGACAGAUACAGUCUCAUAAUGCCUAUAAACAAUGGAAAGUAACUAAAACUAGAAAACUAAAAGAAACAAAGACACUUUUCACUUAUAAUCCUAACCCAAGACAACCUCCCAGGAACAACAAAUGGAGACCAGCAAGAAGUGUGCAAUAUAGCUACCCCAAUGAUCCCACAAUAAAAAGAACAACUGAUAAACUUGAAUCUACACAAACAAAAGAGGACUCUUACAGCAGCAGCUCGUUUGAAGAAGAGAGAGAAGAGAAAGAGGGAGAUACAUAUUCUGAGCAUGAUUCAGUUGAUGGUAGCAAGGACGAUGAUAAUUUGAGAAGAACAGGCCAGUUGAAAACCGUAACUGUGUGCUGUCAGACAUUAGAGUACUGGUGUACAUGCAAAGAGAGAAAUAUCGAAGAGUAAUUUAUCAUAAUUCAUAUCACUAUUUUCUGUCAAAUUUCUAAAAUUAA